UAUGGAACCUCCUGAGAAAGUAGUUGCCUUUCUACAUAUUGUGAGAGAAACUAUUCACACAAUUCAAGAAAGUGGGUUUUUAGAUGAACAUCUUGAUCUUUGGUCUAGUGCAAUUAAUCGAAAUGAUAAGAUGAAAAGUUUAUUGGCUGAUGUUGAAGACUUGUCAGCCAUGUACAAAACUGACAACUUGAAGUUGGAGAAUCCACUGUCUGAACCCGAACUUAACGGUGAAAUCAGAUACAUGCUGACAAAGCGGAUACACGUACUGAGCCAAUCCGAUUCAAUUUUGAGAAGAACAUACAAAGACUCCCUUGCACUACUUCAGAACUCGCACCCAGUUUUGAAUUUACAAGAUAGUAUAAAUGAGCUGACCUCGUUGGAAGAUGCUGAAGAUAUAAAAGUACUGAAGGAUAAAAAAGACAGUGAUAAUGUUAAUGAUAUGCAACACCUCACCAUCUCAGAUGAUAAGCAGCAGCCUAGUGUAAAUGGCGAAAAUCAUUUAAAACUUAAUCCUUCAAACAUAUUACAUUGUUCUCCUUCAAAAACUGACCCAUCUAAAUCUGAAGAUUAUUUAGACCUGGAUAACUUUCAUCGUAGCAAGACCAGCUCAUCUAGGAAAUCAAAACGACAUCGUCAUGAUGAAUACUAUCAUGACAAAUAUUACCCUGAAAAGCAUGCACGCCAUCAUGACAAAUAUCAUCAUGAUCAAAAAUACAGUAAUGAAAAACAUCGUCGAAGAAGUCGGUCGUCAAGACACAAAGAAUCAAGGAGCAGCAGAAGAGGAAGAUCUCGUUCUCGUUCUCCAUCCAAAAGGAGAAGCUACGAAAGAGAAACAUCCAAACAUAGAUCAGGAAAGGUAAAGAAGAAGCAAGAUAACUAUCUCAGACAAGUCAGUUCGGAGUACCAUUCUAAAUAUGACGACCUUUACAAAUCCUAUCAAAAUGUAGUGGAUGAUGUUUCAAACAAGGAAAGAGAUGAGUUUUACAAAACUAAAGCUAAUUAAACAAUUCCAUUUCAAAAACUUACCUUGGUACAAAAAAUUAAAAGAUCAGAAAAUUAAGAAACCCCCCUCUCACAGUUUCUUAAUUUGAUGAGCUUACUAAUUAUAUGUAUAUUAAUUAAUUGAUUUAUUAAUUUUCUGUACUAAGGUAUUCUGCGUAAAGGAAAUCAGGGACAAACAUCCAUACCCAAUGAAUUGUCAUGAAUUUCUCAGUUAAAACCAUGAUUUUCCUAAAAGAGAUUAAACGUAGAAGUUAUAACUCUUACACAGGAUUUUAAAUUAAAUCUGAACUGUAGUGAUUUUAUUUCGUUAGCUAAGGUAAGUUAACAUGAUACAAUUUUUAAUUGUUUGGUUAUCAUCAAACUUUUGGUGUUUUUUAUUAUAAUUUUGUUUUCUAUGAAUUAAAACAAACAUUUUUUAAUCAAUUUUGUAUCGAUUAGUCACCAAAUGUGUAUUUGAUUUAUAGUCUUUUCACUUUGGACUUGGAUAUGAUUUUAUCCAUAUUCAGCCAAAUUACUGCAUUAGAUUAAAUCAGUUGAACUAAGCAUUAUUUAUAUCAAGUUGAUCUAGGAAUGAAAAUACAGUUUGGGAAAAGGGAAUGACUGCACAAAACCGGGGGCGGUAUUUAAAAUCAAGGUUUUACCGUGAACUUCAUUUCAUCUUUUAAUAGUAUUCAAUUGUUAUCUUCAAAGCAAGAUAAUAUUUUUAAUAAUUAUGUUAUUGGUUGCAUCGAAUUUAUCUGCAAUGCUUAUUGGGCUUAUUGAUUUUUGUUUUCAGAAAGUUGCUUAAAGAUCAAAGCUCAUACAGUGUCUGGUUUUACCCAAAAUUGAUGCUGUUUUUUAUUUAUGUUUCGACCAAUCAAAUAGUAAAUUUUAUACAAUGUUUUACUGUCGUUUGCAGAUCAAAUAUCAUCAAUUUUGCUCUUCAAAUUGAGAAAUGAUACGCAAGACUACAUCCUAUUCAAUAACAUUAACAGUGUAAGGCUACAGUCUACAU